AUGGAAGUAAUUGCCACCCCAUCGGUGACUGAGGACCCCACAAACCCUAGCUUGGCGGUUAUACCAGAGGAUUUGGGGGUUUUAUCGCAAAAGGAUGUUAUACUGGCACCAAUUAAGGAAAUAGCAGAGAAGAGUAAUAAUAACACUAGAACGAAGGUGGAUAACCCGAUGGCAGCGAUAGGUAGACGUAUAUGGGCUGCAUUGAUGGAUCGGAAUAAACUAGCAGCGAAAGGGAUAAACCUUACCUACAUCCCGCUUGUAAUCCAAGAGGGGGAAGUUGUCGUGCAAUUACAAGAGGAGGACCUGGAAGCGGAGAAUGGAAAAUGGAAACAAGCAGCUAUAAUAUUCAAUAGUGUAGAGGAUAGAGAUGACGUGAUAUUCUCUGGGUCAUAUACUAUGUUUAGUAGACCUAUCAUACUCAAGGCAUGGAGUGCAGAUUUUGAUUUUAAGGAAGAGAUACUAAGAACAAUUCUACUUUGGGCUAAACUGCCCAAUUUGCCUCUGAAUAUAUGGAAUAUGCUAUCACUCAAUAGAAUUGGAAGUGGAUUAGGGAAACCCAUUUGUGCGGAUGAUUGCACUACCAAUGUUGGCAGGAUUUUCUAUGCUAGGAUUCUGGUUGAGAUAGAUAUUACAAGGGUACUUCCCUUAAGCAUUAAGCUUAGUGACCCAAAAGGGAAUAAGGUUGAUCAAACGAUGCUAUAUGACUGGAGACCAGUGUAUUGUACCAAGUGUUGCCAGUUGGGACAUAACUGUUAUGCUUCAAAGCCACCAACACCGGAAUAA